GUCCGCCCAUUAUUAUGUUUUUUCCUUGAUUUUUCAUGGUCGAAAUAAAGUAUUUUGACAGCCAGUCUGAUGAUCAGCUGUUCAGAAGCUCCGAGGACCUAUAGUUGGGUCACGGUUGAAAUCGCAGACGUCAAAUGUCAAAACAAAAAUCAGAUGUUCAUUGUUUAGUGUUAUGUUUUGUUUGGAUGCAAUUGGAUAGUAUUGUUUGUAUUAUGUGGCAAAAUUUAAUUAAGAAAUAAGCGAAACCAAAACGAUUUACACACCUUGUACUUUUUUAACAAAAUGGAUCGAACGAAAAGAGAUUUGGAGGGUGUAAUAAACUCCCAAAAAGAACAGCUAGCUCGAUAUGAGAAAAGAUUGAAAGACGUUGUUACUGCAUACAAAGGUUUACUCAAGGAGAAAGAGGCAUUGGAGACCAGUUUGGCUGCGAUUAGUUCCCAAGAGAAGAAAGUAGACAAUGGAAAUAGUUCUUCCACGUCCGACGUGUCUGGCCAGUCAGAAGCCGAAACUGUUCCACCGCCUGACACAAACAAUGAUGAUAAUAAUGAGAAAGCCAGCAUCCAAGGCCAGAUUGCCACUCUAAUGAAUUCAUUGGCAACAUUAUCGGCCGAAAAGUCUCGCAUGGAAGCUUCUUUCCAGGCUGAUAAAAAACAACUUCGUGCUCAAAUACAGCUAAAGGAACAGCUGAUUAGUGAUCUUCACUCUAAGCUACAGGAAAGUAAAGAGCGCGCUAAGGCAGAUGUUGACGAAGUCAAGGCCAAGUGGAUAAUCGAAAGACAGGAGCGUGAAAAGGAAACCAACAAUCAAAUGUUAAUGAUCCGGGAACUACAAAAACUGUAUGCGGACGAGCGACACCUGAAGGAAAACAUUGAGAUGCAACUGAACAACUUUAAAACAAAUUUCGCCAGCAACGAGGCCGAACACUCCCGGGUAAACGAAUUGCAAACUCAGCUUAAAGAAGCAAAAGCUCAAUUAAAGCAACUUCAGGCAGAAAAAGGAGUUUCUGACAACGCUAAAAUUAAUGUCAACAGCACGACUCUCUUGAAGCAACUCCAACAAGAAAUGCAACAGUUGAAAGAGCAGCAUGCUGUGGCCAUUAAAUCUGAACAGCGAAGAGUUCAGAUGGCAGAGGAAGAGUCGCGCAAGCAAGCUAUUCUCCACGAAGCGAAUUUGGCAAAUCUUGAAACUAAAUUAGCCGAGCUGAGUAGGACCGUGGGUAACUAUGACCGACUUCGUCAACAGGAUCAGGAGGCAAUUAAUGUUCUGAAAAAGCAACUGCAAGACUUGGAAAGAACAACAAAUGAGAAUUCUUCAACGCUGCACAGCAAGUGUGCCGAAAAGCCUAUUCAGGCAAACGAUAGCUACAACGACACUGAUCUGGGCCACAUUGUAGAUGAAAUAUUGCGUUUAAAACGGAUAAUUAUCAAAGAAAACUCUCGCUCGCCGAACCCCAUUGAUUUGGCCAGCAUAUUCUCUGUAGGUACGGACCAUUCGCACUGUCAGGCAGAAUUGUUGGACACUUUGCAUCAACUUGAUGGGGCUAGAAAUGAGAUAGAGCAGCUUAAAGAAAAGGUUGAGCAGCAGAAAUCGCACAUUUCAACGUUGCAAGAAAAGGUCAAAGUUUUGAACCGCAACAUAGACGAACAGGAAUUGGAAUUAAAGCAUUACAAUGAAAAGUUACAGAUAAGUAUCAAAGAAGAAAGAGACAAAUGGAAGAGUUUGCAGAGUGACAUUGAAAAUGACUAUCGCAAUAAAUUAAAUGAGCUGGAGCAACAACUUCAGAAACAAAGACAGCGGUCACUGCAGCUGUUGGACGAAAAAGAACAAGAAAUUAAGGCUUUACAGACGUCAUUUGAGAUAUUUCAUGCUUCAAACAAUACGGGAAUUUCUUUAAUGCCAAAUGAAGCUCCAGUCUGUGCAUCUUCUGACGGUGAAAGUAAUGAAGAUGUCCCCGCACCCUCCAACGUUCGCAAGGUGUCACUGAAGGCAAAGAAACUUUCUGUAGGAGAAAGUUGUCAUAUGCUUCAUUACGCGAACGAAAUCGCCAGGAAGGACAUUGAGAUUGCCAACUUGAGAAAGGCUAAAUAUCAAGCGGAAACUGCUAUGCGGAAGGCCAUCCACGACAAAGUUGUAAGUCAAGAAGAGCUCAGCAAUAAAAUCGACGCACUGGAAGAGCAAGUUGAUAGACUCGAACGAUGUCAGACCCGAGAGGGAGCCAAUUUGGAAUACCUAAAAAAUGUCGUCAUCAGCUACAUUGUAUCCAAAGAUGCAGAUGGCAAACGUCAUAUGAUGAAUGCGAUAAGUGCUGUCCUACAGUUUACGCCAGCCGAAAUGCAAGUCAUCAAUGCUUCAUUCCAAAAGAAGUAAAACUGUAUUAUUAAUAGUGUCUGUUAAACAUUCUUAAGAUUUAUAUUAUACAAUAUUGACCAAAUUAUGCUAUCGUACAA